AUGUUCUGGGGAUGCUGCUUGAAACAAAAUAAAGGGGAGGUUUUGGAAAGUAAAGGCAAUGGGAGGAUUUUGCAUUUGUCACAUGCAGUUUUGGAUAUGAAUGGAUGGAAAAGCAAGGAGUGGAAUACAGUUUAUCUGAGCUAUGAAGGCAAAAAAGUGCCGAUUGCAGAGCUAAAUGAGACGCAGAAUAGUGUUGAUAUUGAUUUAAUGAUAAGCAGGACAAGUGCACCGCAUUUUUCGCUGAAAGGGGCGUCUGAUGUAUAUUUAUUAGGGUAUUUUGAGCCUAAAGAAGAGAUUGAAGAGAAAAAACAGAAGAAAAUUGUGAUUAGUGACGAAAGUGACAGUGAAGACUCAGACUAA